AUGGUGUGUCAGGCUCUGGACCAGGCCGAUGUCUCGGAGGACCCCGGCUCGCCCUCCGUCUCGUUUCUCACCCGGCAGAUUCAGGCCCUGAAGAAGAAAGUCCGUCGCUUCGAGGACCAGUUCGAGCAGGACAUGAAGUACAAGCCGACACACAACGAUAAAUACUCAAACCCCGAGAUGAUCCGAGUGAUGGGGGAGCUGGCCUCGGCUCGCAAGCGACUGAAAGUAUUCCACCACAUUUUCAACCACCCAAGUUGCACGUCUCAGCUGCUUCAGAGUCUCCGUGAGACGAGAGGCGAGAAGAAGACCAGGCGGAAAGUUCUGAGGCAGUUCGAGGACGAGUUUUACCGUCAGACCGGGAGGAUCUGCCAGAAGGAGGACCGCAGUCCGAUGAAGGAGGAGUACCAGGAGUACAAACAGCUGAAGGCCAAACUCCGCCUGCUGGAGGUGCUGCUCAGCAAACAGGAAGUCCAGCUCGGCAAACAGGAAGUCCCUAAAAAACACAUGUGAAGCUCUCAGAAACUCUGCCAAACGAGACCAAAGCUCCCGAGAAGAGGAAAGGUCUUUUAUUUUCCCGAUCAGAGGACAGGAAGUGGUCAUAUUUCAGCUACGUUAGCUGUAAAACGAGCGGAAAACCUCCAUGGAUUGCAAUCUGAUCAUCUUUCACCUCAAUCAGAGCCUUUGUAAGAAAACAGUAAAUACGACGAACAGGUGGAGGGAGGUGAGAUUCAGAAGGAAACACUUUAAGACCAUUUGAAUUAAUUUACGAGAAAAAAAAGUCAAAGCACAAAUUCAAAUCUGCGGUGAAAAAUACAUUUCACCUCAAAGGCCUUUUUCUAAUAAAGUGGUAUAUUUACUAAAGAUAUCUCUCAAACUCACAGGACAAUCUUCUAAUUUACGAGAAAAAAAUAACAGAUGGACAAGAAAUAAAACAAAUACUCUCAGAUAAACAUUUUUGAUUUCGGGGGAAGAAAAAAUCUAAAUACGAAAAUAAUCUAGAUUUUCUCUUAAAAAAAAUAAACUCCCAAAGUUUGGAGAAAAAACUCCAUUUACAAGAUGUUCUCUGAGAUUUAAGUAGAAAUGAAACAAAUUCAAGAUUAAAACCCGGAAUAAUAAUGUUUUUGUUGGGUUUCUUUGUGAAUCCCGGUUUGAUCAGUUUGUUAUGUAUCUUAUCUCCCAAAGCGUUCACAGACUAAAGCAUAACACAUGAAACUUUAUCGUCAUGGAAACAUCGCUGUUUCUAAGGUAGCGUGAUAACAUCCAAGUGAUUGAUGCCUUUUCUUUAACGAAGGCCGCUCGAGUGAACAUUUCAGUCUGAGACUUCUUUACGGCGGCCCACAGCUGCCAGAUAUAAAAACACAAAUGUGCCAAAACACACGCAUGUCUCCUCAAGCUGCUGAAUGUUCUCUAAACGCUGCACGUGGUGUCAAGUUGCUGAAGAUGUUUCUUCAUGUGGAACAUUUGGGUUUCUGCAUCUGCAUCCUUCCUGAAGCUGCAGCCGAUUCUCCGUCCCUCUCACCACUUCCUCUCUGAACUGUAGAAACUGCAAAUACUUCAGAAAGGUUUUAUAAUAAUCUGUCAGUGGAAAGCAGCAGUGUGUAUUCAUCUACCUGCAGCUUCCUCUCCAUCCUGUUUGAUUCAUUGGACCAAAUCUUUAUUUUAUACUCGAUGUGUGUACGUGAGCUGGAAGCACUUUAAUGGAAAAAGAGACUUUAUUUAUGAACUGAAAAGCGUUUGGGACGAAGAUGCAAUGUAGAGAUAACGGUUUGUUUCGCAGAGAGAUGCAUCUGUGUUUAUAUCAUAGCACGCAUUUAUUUUUAUCCAGAUGUUUGGUAUGCAACAAGGUGCUGGUGAUUUAUAUUUAAAGAGAGAACAGGGAACGAAAAUAAUUGUACAGCCGUCUAAAAUGUGUCCGGUGGAUCGUGAGAGCGUGAAGGCAGCGUUACAGAAAGUCUCUCUGAGUUUCCUCAAACGCAGCAAACUUCAGUCAGAGCGAUCCUUCUGCACGUUCUGCCUUUUAUAAAGUAAACAACAUAAUGUAAAGUGUUUCCUCCUGUAGGAUCCCAACGGCUCCUAGCGCUCCUUUUGAUCUGUUUCCAACAACGGAAAAACCCACGAAGCUUCGACCAAAUAUUACGUUAACUUCCAAAGUUAUUUGCAAAAAUUAAACACAUUUUGGAGAUCUAAACUUUUCCUUUUUUUAAGUUUACUAUUCAUUAAACAGAUGUUUAUUUGAUAAGCUAUUCUCCAGAACUACAUCGUUUCUGAAAAGAGACUAAUUUGUGGAAUCUCGAUUUUGAAUCUGCAGCUUUGAUCCAGAUUCAAUCCUGGCCUCUGGACGGAGAGAUGUUCUCAGUGUCCUCUGAGGUUAAACCUCCGUGUUGGUGUCACUGUAUUCAUGCUGUGAAUAUUAAACUACAUCCUGUUGUUCCACACAGACCAGUUUCAAAUAAAUAUUUUUGAUAUCAACACAGUCUGUUGAGUUU